AUGAGCUAUUGGAUACAGGCUUUGGUGAAGUAGGCGUUGGAGUUACGUUUGUUUUCAACUCGUUUUGGGGGGAGCAUUCAGAAAGAUCUAAGUAUGGCAGAACACUGCACGAAUGACCGACAACAAACAUUCAACAAGCCUAAGGUGGAACUCCAUGUACACUUGGAUGGCGCCAUCCGUUUAGAGACCAUUCUGGAUGUGGCCAAGCAACGGGGCAUCUCGUUACCGGUGGAUACGGUUCAAGCCCUGAAAGCCCUCUGCACUGUGUCCAGGCCGGCCACCCUGACAGAAUUCCUCGGCAAGUUCGAUGAAUACAUGCACGUCAUCGCAGGGGACCGCAAGGCCAUUAAGCGGAUUGCCCAUGAGUUUGUGGAGACCAAAGCCAAAGAGGGCGUGGCCUACGUGGAGGUGAGAUACAGCCCUCACUUACUGGCCAACAGUGGAGUGGAGCCCAUCCCCUGGAAACAGACAGAAGGAGACAUCACGCCAGAUGAAGUGGUGAGGCUGGUCAAUGAGGGUUUGAGCAAAGGAGAGAAAGACUUCAAAAUCAAAGCCAGGUCCAUUCUGUGCUGCAUGCGCCACAUGCCAAGCUGGUCCAUGGACGUUGUGGAGCUGUGUAAGAAGUACCGUAAUGAUGGAGUGGUGGCCAUCGACCUGGCAGGAGACGAGUCCCUGAACUGUGAAGCGUACCCCGGCCACCAGAGGGCCUACGAGGAAGCAGUCAAAUGUGGAAUCCACAGAACAGUGCAUGCGGGUGAAGUAGGCCCUCCCUCUGUUGUGAAGGAGGCGGUGGACGUUCUGAAGGCUGAGAGGAUUGGGCAUGGCUAUCACACUGUAGAGGACCAGACUCUCUACCGCCGCCUGCUGGACGACAACAUGCACUUUGAGGUGUGCCCGAUUUCCAGCAAACUUACAGGGGCUUGUGACCCAGAUUUCACCAAACAUCCCCUCGUCAGGUUUAAGAAGGACAAAGCCAAAUAUUCCCUGAACACUGAUGAUCCACUCAUAUUUGACUCCACAUUGGACAAAGACUAUGAGACUGUGAAGAAGUACAUGGGCUUCACUGAGGACGAUUUCAAGACAAUGAACAUCAAUGCAGCCCACGCCAGCUUCCUUCCUGAGAAGGAGAAGAAGGACCUGCUGAAUCUCCUGUAUGAAGCCUACAACAUGGUGGAAAGCACAGGCCUGUAGAAAGCCCCCACAGGAGGAAGAGAGGGAGGGAGGGAAGGAGAGGGAAAGAGAGGGAGGAGGACAGAGGGAGAAAGCAGCGACCUCUUUACAGGAAUGAUGAAGCGGAACGGGCCGGUUCUCUUUCAGUCUGCCCCCCGUGUUCUCCUGUUGAAGAACUGCUUUGUCACACAUGCAGUAUUUAAACCUCAUCAGUACACAGCAUCACAGAACAUGUGGUUCUGUAAGCCAAUCAAGGGUAGAGCAAACUGGUGCUGCCAGUCUCAUGUCAUCAGUCUCAGGGAAAGGUGUCUCCUAUAACCACUUGUACUACACUAUAAAACACACACACACACACACGCACACUAACCAUGUCCUUAUGGAUGCUUGUUUAAAAGAAUGUAACCAUCUUGAAGACCAACUUUUUUACAAUUAGCAUUUGUAUGUCAUUAAAUCACACCCGCAUCCAGCCUUACACUCAUAAGUUGUCCAUACUCAUUCCACACUCCUGUUCUCACUCUCUUUCUCACACACACACUCCAGUUUCCAUACACACAUUGCACUGUGCUUGAUGUCCAUCAUAGUGUUUCAGAUGAAGCUCUCCACCAAAGGUUCCCUCCUGUCAGAGAAAGAUCUGCACCUGCACCUGGGCUCUAACCACUUUUUUUAAUUUUGUGAUUUUUCUAUUUUGUUUUAUACUACUAAUGGAAUAUGCGAUGUGUUCAGAAGAUUGGAAGACUGGUUUGGUUUUAAUGGUCUCGGCCCAAGUGGUGUUCAAGCACUUAAAUAUGUUUGAAAAAUGGCACCAUGUCAUUGAGCUUUGAGUCCCUGGAGACUAGAAGUGUUUGUGCUUCCUUUAGAGACCGAGUGGGAAAGAGUGCCAUCAAAUAUCUAUCUUGACAUACCAAAUAUUAGGUCAGUGUUUCUUUCUUUUUGACACUGUUAUGAGGGCCAUCAUAUCAAAUAUAUACAAAAUAUCAGGAUGAAUGCACAGCCUUAUUUAAUGGGUGACAUUUUCAUAAAACUAUUUAGAUCAGAAUGCACUGAAUAAGAACUUGAAUUCUGACAAACAUCUGUCCUUGGGAACUUUCUUAUAAACCGUGGCACCAGUUGAUACUUUCUGAACACAGCUCAAUCAUGCAAAACUUUACCAUUUGUGUUCUGUAAAAUGGCUGUACUGAGAAGAAUCAUGAAUACAGACACAAUGCUCCAGUA